UCGGACCAUUUUGAAAUGCCAACUCGGAUCGUCAUCUCAACCAACUCGGACCACCCUGAAAUACCAACUCGAACCAUCAUCUCAACUAACGCGGUCCAACGUGAUAAAGAAAUAUUUUGCGGGGAGGGGAAUAAACAAGAAGGCAAGAUAGACAAGACCGAAUGCUCCAGGGUUGAGGGACAGAGGGACACUCGCCUUCAAUGGCUGGCGCCUGGCGGUGAGGGCGUGUGUGUUUGUAUGAGCUUCACCCCACUGCUGCCAACCUUCACACCACGCCAAUCAUUUACGUUUCUCUGCAGCCUUCCCCGGAUCCCCUCGCGACGAGACCCAUCACGUGAGGGAUCAGUGUGGCCAAGUGUGCAGCGUGCAUGUAUGCUGGACAUAAUGUGGCACGAAGCAAGAAAGCAAGAGCGGAAGAUACGGGGCAUGCUGGUGGACUACAAGCGACGGGCAGAGAGGAGGAGGGAAUAUUAUGAAAAAAUUAAACAAGACCCAACACAGUUCAUUCAGCUGCAUGGCCGCCCUGUCCGCAUCCACCUGGACCCUGCAGUGGCCAGUGCUGCAGAGGCGCCUGGCAGCAUGAUGCCAUGGAGAGGUGAUGCAGACUCCAUGAUUGAUCGGUUUGACGUCCGUGCCCACUUGGAUGCCCUGCCACCGCCCUCAAUCACUUCCCCCAAGAUGACAGCGGAAGAGGACUGGGAAGAACGUCAGGCAAACUAUGAGCGCUACCGUAUCCUCAUCCAGAAUGAUUUCCUUGCAAUUAAGGAAGAGAAGUUCCUGCACCAGAUUCGUCUGGAAGAGCAGUUUGGCCCAAUUGUGAACAAAGCCAUUGAGGAGGAGAAGAAAGCAUUGGCCCCCAAGAAGGCAGCCAUUGCUUUCACUUACACAGAGGAUGCUGACCCAGAAGAGGAGAAGAAGCCUGAUUCCUCCAGUGGUGAUGCUGUCUUGACAGAGGGUGGGGAAGAAGCAGCUGGCGAUGGCAGUGAUGAGGAGAGUGAUAGUGACAUUGAUCUUGAUCUGACAGUGGAUGUGAUGUCACUGUCCAACACACAGCAACAGGAGAUGAACUCCUCAGGGGUGGAGUACGGUCUGAACCAGGAUGACUUCAUGUCCCUCAUCAGCCGGGACUUGCAGGAGGCUGAGGAGCUGAGGGUGGCCAAGGAGCAUGAAGAUGAAAAGGCCAUGUAUUCGGGCCGCAAAUCUCGCAAAGAAAGGCGGGCAUUAAAGAAAAAGCACAUGGACCGAAAGUUUAGUCCCCCAAGCUAUGCCGCACGAGCCAGUCCCACUUAUGCCCCAUACCGGAGGUCCUCCUCCCACUCCAAGUCCCGCUCCCCAACCCCUCCUGGGGCAGGAACCAUCAAAUUCAUUACUAGUUUUGGAGGAGAGUCAGAUGGUGCUGGCUCAGAUGAUGAUGGGGUUACUGGCGUCAUCAUCCUUCCCAAAGGUGACCGAAACGUACGUGACCGCCGCAAGAAUCGCUGGGACCAGAAGAACAGAGAUGGGAGCGGAACAGGCCACCGUUCAGGCAGCUCAGGCCCAAGUAGCAGCCACCAUGCCACUGCAUCCAGCCACUCCUCCUUCUCAAAGAAACGGCGCCACUUGUCUCGUAGUCGGUCCCGGUCACGGAGUCGCUCCAGUAGCCGAUCUCGACGUCGUCACAGGUCACGUCGAUCACGCUCCAGGUCACGCUCCUAUACAAGGCACUCACGGUACACCAGGUCACGCAGCAGGACACACUCCAGGUCAAGAUCACGAGACAGGCACUCUAGUUGGAGGAGAAGUCGAGGAUCUCACAGGCGCUCUCAUAGCCACUCAAAAUCUCACAGUAGAUCCAAGAGCUUGGGCAAAAAAACUCCUUCUCCACCCCCAAAGACCACUACCAGCUCUAUAACUACAUCAGUACAACCAGCCAGUGCAGGGGAGCCCUUAGACCCACCAGCAAAGCUUCCCUCGCCACCCUGCCGCCGCUACUAUGGCCGCAGGGGGCAGGACAGCAACUCUGAGUCUGCCUCAGAGUCAGAGGCAGAGGAAGUUUCUACAAGCACCACCAAUACAAUGCAGACUUCUGCCAACACCAAUGUAAAAGCUAAUUUACUGGUGGCCCCAGCUACAGUGGGUAAUGGUUCUGCUGCUGCCAAAGAUGGACCAAAAUUAACACCACAGGAAAGACUUAAGAAGAAAACCCAAGCAUUGCUAAAGAAACAGUUCAAGGCGGAUAAACGUCUGGAGCGUGAAAGAGCAGAGAAAGCAGAGCAGGAGCGACAAGACAGGGAGGAAGAGCUCCGAGAGAUGGCCAUCAGGCUGAGGCGCAGGGAAAGAGAGAAGCGUCAUCGCCUGCAGGGAGAGGACUCCAGCUCUGAUGGGUCAAGGUCACGCUCAGGCUCUGGCUCCAGGUCAGGUGGUUCACGUUCAAGGUCAAGAUCAAAGUCAAGGCAGCGGUCUAAGUCACGACAGAGAUCAAGGUCAUGUCAGCGGUCUUCAUCUCGCUCAAAGUCACCAUUCCCCCCCAAACAAGUACCUUCUGGGAGGUGGGGAGAUGGCAUACGUGGAAGAGAGCGCAAUACUUCCUAUGACUGGGGCAGAGAGGGUCACAGCAGACAGUGGGGUUCCUCUCACUGGGACUCCCAUCCUCCACCUGAGAGACACAGGGACUCCUACAGAAGAAGGUCCCGAUCUUACAGUCCUCCAGGCCGGUGGGAGAGAGAUCACCACAGCUCCAACAGAAGUCGUAGCAGGAGCAGAGGAAGAGACUAUAGCUACAGUAACAGCAGUAACACUGCUUCAUCCAGUGGGGGAGGCUUCAGGAGAAAGACCUUCCGGGACUAUGAACGAGAGAGAGACUGGGACUGCCCUGACCGAGAUGCUCCCCAGCGAAAUGAAGUGUUCCGGGACUACCAGCACGGAUACCAGCGGGACUACCAGCACGGAUACCAGCGGGACUACCAGCACAGAAACUAUCACCACAGGGAAGGUCGAGAUAGGGAAGGACCACCACAGGACUACAGGGACCGCCACCAAAGAGACCAUCAGAGGGAUAGUGGCAGACAGGGUAGCCAGAUGCAGCAACAGAGCCAUGGCUACAGUGAAGAGAGGGAGGAUGGUGGUCGCAUCGGCAGGAUCCGGUUGGUAGACUACUGAAGACAGUUGUUCCUGGGAAAUACUCAGAAAUUGAAUGCAAGACAACAAUGGUUUACAUAGGAGACAUCACCCUGCAUCUCUGGUCUUCACAUCAAUCAAUGCAGAUUACUUUCCAAGUUCUAGGAAGAUUUGUAUUUUUAUAAUUUUCUACAGGAAUCUUCUGGAAAAAAAGGUGCAUGAUACAUUUUUACUGUAAUGUGUGAAGGCGCUGUUCAUGUUGAUAUCUUACCACAAUGUAAUCUUAUCUGAAAUGACAGUUUCCUAGUAUCCUGCAAUACUAGUGUGCUAUUUUAUUUUACUGUAAAAAUAGCCAUUAUAUCAAGCUUUUAGUAACAUGCAGUAACUACCCACUACCAAGACUGAAAUGACUUAUUAGGUCUGGUCAUAGACAUUUAUUUGAGGUUUGAAAAUUUGCUGUUUUCUUUUUAUUUGGUUUUUACGUUUUCAUUCCACAUAUCAAGAUGUUGAUAAGACAACUCUGACCUCUCAUAUGCUCAUUCUUCACUCAAGCAAGAGAUGUUGAUUUAAAAGGAAUUAUUUGUGCACUUAUCUGACUGUUGGUAAUGUUAUUUUUUGUUGAGUAUAUAAUAUACAUAUAUAUUUUUUUCCAAACAUCAUCGCCCAUGUUAUGUGAUAUACAGAAAAAAAAAAAAGACCUUAGAAAGAAUUAAAAAGACCAAAUAAAGUAAUAAAAAUGUAGUGGAUGAAAGUGUGAAAAAAUGGUGUAAUAUUUUGACUCAAUGUUGUUAUAAACAAUAUUACCUCAGUCAUACAUUAUUAAAUAAGUAAUGAUGAUGCUGUGUUGUGAAACUGGGAAGGACCCAGAUAUUCGUUGUGUUGGCCAUUGCGUAUUUCAGCACUUACAUUAUUCUGUCUAGGGAAUGGAUACAAGAGGAAAAGAUAAACUUUUCUUGGUCAACAGACAGCGAUAUGCUUCCCAAGUCCAUCUGAUUAUUUGUAUGAAUUAUAAUGGAAAACCAUUGCUAGGAAGACCCUCACAGCACUGGUCUGGAAUUCUUGGGCAUUCAUAUUAGUGCUCUCUUGGCUCCUUCAGUACUUGUUGAUCAUUAUGCAAAAUGUUCCAGGAAAAUAAGUGUUGAUGUAAUAAUUUCAGGUCUUCAUAACAUGCAACACAAAGCAGUGCAUUUGUAGCAAAAGGUUUUGUACAGCUGUGAUAAUACUCUUUUCUACAUUUGAUUUUGUAUAGGAUUGUUUUGUGCUUCCCAGAUCACUAGCCAUGUAAUCAUAGUCUUUAUUUUGAUUUUUUUUUUUUUUUUUUUUUUUUUUUUUUUUCUUCCCAUAUGCUUUUGAGAUACAGUAGUGUUCUCUUAUCAGCAACAUGUUCUAUGUGGGACUGGUUCAGGUGUGUACAUAUUACCUUUCAUUGACUUAGUGCACUCCUACAAAACAGGGUAAGUCAGUGUUAUCCAGACAUGGCAUGUUAAUAGACUUCUCAUUUAAAGUUUGGAACCUUCAGGUAGUAAACUGACUUUUCAUUUUUCACCAGUGUUUAAAAUGGUUUUUAUUUUAAUACAUACAUGAAGCACUCCUGUCCUUGUCAAAAAAUAGGGUGGAUUAAGAAGAGCGCCAUAAUGGUGGUGGCAGUAACAUGAUUGCCUUGUUACUGUCCCAAUUUAUACUCUUCCUGGUUGUUGUGUUGGUGUAAGGUGUAGCUGUAAAUACAUGUCAAUUGUUCA